AUGUCCUCUAUUGCUUCCAAAACUUUCAGGAUUGAACUGUCGGAUACUCAGGACUACGCGUAUCAUGCCGCUCGGCGCGUUAUCUUGCAUCCUGAGGUUCUGAAAGCUGUCAAACUGUGUACCGGGGAUGUUGUUGCCCUAUCAAGCGGAGAUACUCUGGACAUCGAUUUUGCGGUGGGUAUUGUAUGGCCCUGCACCGACGUGUCACAGGAAUCACUCGUCGUGUCGGCUUCCCUUCUGCUAACGGCCCGUCUAGAGGCUGGUCAGCGGGCUCGCAUAGUUCCUUUGGCUGGAAUAGCACCAUCAAAGUUACCACCUGGUGUACCAUCACUAAGACAAGUACAAGACGCCUCUACCAUCCGGGUACACGAACUUCUAACCGAAAACAAUCAAUCGGCAUCAAGUUCCGCGUCCCAGUCGCAUGGUAACAAGGAGAAGGAUUGGCUCGCCCUGCUUGUUCGUGAAGUUUUUACUGACCUCAAGUACAUAACGUCGAAGCAGAUCAUAGAGAUUAUUUACGAGGCGAGAAAAAGACGAUUCGCCAUUUCUUCCAUCUCUAGCUACGGUGAUUUGACGCAAGACCUUUCAAAUCUUUCGCUGGAUGACGCGACGAGGCUAUGGACGGCUACUUGGGAAACCUCCGUUGAUAUCGUGCAAAAGGAACCACCUGCACCACCUCGUGUAAAUGCCACAGUGAGAACGAUAUCAAAAUAUCUCCGUAUCGCAGUCGAGCACUUGUCACACCUUGAAUCCGCAUACGCCUCCGUGGGUGGCCUCAACCAGCAAAUCUCCCAAAUACGCGACCUUUUGGAAAUUCCACUGACCCGUCCGGAGCUAUUUCGUCUGAAACCACCUCGCGGCAUUCUCCUUCAUGGUCCCCCAGGAACAGGGAAGACUCAUCUCGCGCGUGCAAUAGCUGCGUCGACAAAAUCGUCCGUGCUUGUGAUUAACGGCCCAGAGCUUUCUUCUGCAUACCAUGGGGAGACGGAAUCAAAAUUACGAGAUGUAUUCACAGAAGCAAAGGAGAAAAGUCCCUGCAUCGUCAUUCUCGAUGAAGUCGACGCCCUCGUUCCUCGACGAGAGGAUUCUGCCGGCGGGGAGGUCGAGAAGCGUGUUGUCGCAACGCUGCUCACUAUCCUCGAUGGCAUGGACGACUCCGCCGACGUGGGAAGAGUAAUCGUCAUCGGAACGACCAACCGCCCCAACGCAAUUGACCCAGCGCUCCGUCGCCCUGGACGGUUCGACAGAGAAAUUGAGAUCGGCGUACCAGAUGCCCAAGGUCGCCUCUCGAUCCUCGAAGUACUUCUGUCGAAAGCCCCGCAUUCUAUCCCUAAGGAAGACCUCCAAAUCCUUGCUUCGAGGACACACGGGUAUGUCGGGGCCGACCUAAGUGCUGUCAUUCGUGAAGCUGGUACCCUUGCUAUCAAACGAUGGCUUGCCUCUGAGACGUCAAAUGACCCGGGCCCGGACGACUUGGCCAUAACCUUUCCCGACCUUCUCAGCUCCCUCCCGGCGAUCCGUCCGUCCGCUAUGCGAUCCCUCUUCGUCGAAGCGCCGCCUGUGCGCUACGCAGACAUCGGCGGCCAGGCAUUCGUUAUAAAAAAACUACAGGAGUCGGUUGAGUGGCCCUUGAAACACCCUGAGGCCUUCCAGAGACUUGGCGUGAAGCCGCCCAAGGGUGUGUUGCUUUAUGGACCUCCUGGGUGCAGUAAGACGGUAUUGGCCAGAGCAUGCGCCAGCGAGAGCGGUGUCAACUUCGUUGCCGUGAAGGGUCCCGAGUUACUCAACAAAUUCGUCGGCGAAUCCGAAAGAGCCGUGCGUGAGAUAUUCAGGAAGGCUCGAGCCGUGUCGCCUUCUAUUAUUUUCUUCGAUGAAAUAGAUGCACUGGCAACCUCUCGUACAUCUUCGGAAAACAAUGCGGGCUCUUCACAUGAAGGGGUCCUUACAAGUCUUCUCAAUGAAAUGGACGGCGUUCAAGAAUUGCUUGGUGUGACAAUCAUCGCUGCAACAAAUCGUCCAGAUGCUAUCGAUUCAGCGUUGAUGCGUCCGGGCCGCCUCGACCGAAUUCUAUACGUGGGACCACCAGAUUAUGACGGCCGAAAAGAAAUUCUUCGCAUACGCAUGAACAGUAUGAGGGUGGAAAGUACUGUCGAUCUAGAUGAGAUUGCCUCAAUAACCGAUGGUUGCUCGGGUGCAGAAAUUACGGCCCUGUGUCAAGAAGCUGCCUUGUUGACUAUGCAGGACAAUAUGGACGCACCUUGGAUUCCUAAUGAUGCCUUCAUUACCGCCGCAAAAGCAAUGAAACGCCAAAUAACACCGUCCAUGCUUGCCAAGUACGAAAAAUGGAAGAUAGACAAUGGGUUGAGAAACUUGUAA